AUGGUCAUCCGUCUUGGCAGAACCUGCCUCCAGUCGCUUUAUAGCGACCUCGCAUCCUUCCCGCCUCACCAGCGCCCUGUCCGCCGCCUAUCCUAUGAUAGCUGUGAGGAUUUUGCGUGGUGGAGGAACACUCUCGUGUUAUUCAACGGUAUCUAUUUCUUCGAAAAGAGCUGCCCCCUAGUUGCCCUCUAUACAGAUGCGUACGACUCAGGUCUGGACCUCUUCUUCUUCUAUACGCCCUUACGGGACUCUGCUGGGGACUGGAUGUCUGUAGCAUCUUACCUACCUUCUACCUAUACGGCUAUUAUGGCCGCCUCCUCUGCCUACAGCGACGGGGCCUAUAUUAACAUUAAGGAGGUCUCUGUAAUCCUACAGGCCUUCCUCCUAUACAGCCCCUAUUAG